ACAGUAGCCAUCUCAACCCAGUAGCUGACAGUGUCUUUCCCUUCCUUGUUGUUUCCAGAUGAGGGGCCUUACACAAAGCACUCCAACCCCUCCAGGCCACCCGAUGGAGCGCUGGCCAUCAGGAGGCAGAGUAUCCCAGAUGAGUUUAAGGGCUCCAGUGUUGUAGAGUUAAUGAAGAAAGAGGGAACCACACUCGGCCUCACUGUGUCUGGGGGCGUUGACAAGGAUGGAAAACCUCGGGUGUCCAACCUGCGCCAGGGAGGCAUCGCUGCUAGGAGUGACCAGCUCAACGUGGGCGACUACAUCAAGUCUGUAAACGGGAUCAAUCUGACCAAGUUCCGUCACGACGAGAUCAUCAGCCUGCUGAAGAACGUCGGAGAACGUGUGGUUCUAGAGGUGGAAUUCGAGCUGCCACCUGUCUCUGUUCAGGGCUCUGGGCUGAUGUUCAAAAGCGUUGAGGUGACUCUGCACAAAGAAGGCAAUACGUUCGGCUUUGUCAUCCGAGGAGGAGCCCACGAGGACAGGAACAAAUCCCGCCCCGUUGUCAUAACGACCAUCAGGCCAGGUGGACCUGCUGACAGGGAGGGUACGGUGAAGCCAGGGGACAGGCUCCUGAGUAUCGAUGGGAUCCGUCUUCACGGGACAUCCCAUGCAGAGGCCAUGUCCAUCCUCAAACAGUGUGGACAGGAGGCUACGCUACUCAUCGAGUACGACGUCUCCAUCAUGGACUCCAUAGCCACAGCGUCAGGGCCUCUGCUGGUUGAGGUAGCCAAGUCCCUGGGGUCCAGUCUGGGCCUGGCCCUCAACACCUCCAUGUACUGCAACAAGCAGGUCAUCAUCAUAGACAAGGUCAAGCCCGCAAGCAUCGCAGACAGGUGUGGGGCGCUGCACGCGGGUGACCACAUCCUGUCUGUGGACGGUACCAGUAUGGAGUAUUGUACCUUGGCCGAGGCCACCCAGCUGCUCGCCAGCGCCUGUGAACACGUCAAGAUGGAGAUCCUGCCCCACCACCAGACCAGGCUGGCCCUCAAGGGUCCUGAACACGUCAAGGUGCAGAGAAGCACGCGGACCCUUCCCUGGGAGUCCUCCUCAGCCAACAACAACAGCAACUUCCUUCCCUACCAACACUAUAACACCUACCAUCCUGACCAGUCGCAGAGACACCAGGCCUCCAAGCACCACAAAACCUCUCCCAACAACCCCCCUCUAGGCUCCUCCUUCUCUCCUACCUCUAUGAGCACCUACAGUCUGAGCUCCCUCAACAUGAGCACCCUGCCCAGGAACAUGUACCCCACCAGCCCCAGAGGAACCAUGAUCAGGAGGAAACUCAAGAAGAAGGACUUCAAGAGCUCACUGUCUCUGGCUAGCAGUACCCUGGGUCUAGCAGGUCAGGUUGUUCACACUGAGACGACGGAGGUGAUUCUGGUCAGUGACUCUAUCAUGGGGUUUGGCAUCCAGCUACAGGGGGGGGUGUUUGCCACAGAGACCCUGUCCUCACCCCCGCUCAUCGGCUAUUUGGAUCCAGACAGUCCUGCAGAGAGGUGUGGGAUUGUGCAGAUAGGUGACCGUAUCCUGUCUAUAAACGGGAUCCCUACAGAGGACAGCACCUUGGAAGAGACCAAUCAGCUACUGAGAGACUCCAGCAUCACCAGCAAGGUCUCGCUGGAGAUAGAGUUUGAUGUGGCAGAGUCAGUCAUCCCUAGCAGUGGCACCUUCCAUGUGAAGCUACCAAAGAAGCCUGGGGUGGAGCUGGGGAUCACUAUCAGCUCUCCAUCCAGUAGGAAACCUGGGGACGCUCUCAUCAUCUCCGACAUCAAGAAGGGCAGCGUGGCUCACAGGACUGGGACUCUGGAGCUGGGGGACAAGCUGCUGGCCAUCGAUAACAUCCGGCUGGACAACUGCUCCAUGGAAGAUGCUGUUCAGAUUCUCCAGCAGUGUGAAGAACUGGUCAAGCUCAAGAUCCGCAAGGACGAGGACAACUCAGGUAACGAACAGGAGCUGUCUGGAUCCAUCAUCUACACGGUGGAGCUGAAGAGAUAUGGAGGUCCGCUGGGGAUCACCAUCUCAGGCACAGAGGAGCCCUUUGACCCCAUCGUCAUCUCCAGCCUCACCAAGGGAGGACUGGCCGAGAGGACGGGAGCGAUCCACAUCGGAGACAGGAUCCUUGCCAUCAACUGUAACAGUCUGAAGGGUAAACCACUGAGUGAAGCCAUUCACCUGCUGCAGAUGGCUGGAGAGUCUGUCACACUGAAGAUCAAGAAACAGGGAGACUUGGCCAGUCCCAAGCAUCCGUCGGUGUCUGGUCAUCUCAGUGAUGUGAUGCUGAGUGAUGUGGAGGACGAGGCAGGGUUAGGCGGGCUGGGAAACCAGGCAGAGAGCCAGAAACUUGGGAAGCUCUCUGACCUCUACUCCACCACCAUCCCCUCUGUGGACUCAGCCGUGGAGUCCUGGGACGGCUCGGCCAUAGACACCACCUUCAACACCCAGGCCCCAGGUUUCCAGGCGUCUGGCUACAGCUUCCACAGCCAUGAGUGGAGGAACGCCAAGCCCAGCCAGGGCAGCCUGUCCCCCGUCAGCACCCGCCAGAGACACAACGUCCUGGCAGACCUGGGCCUCAGCGACGACGAAUGGGACAGACCCACCGCCGGCGGGUUCACUGUGGGUCAUGACGGGACCGAGCCGGACCAGGAAGAGAACUUCUGGUCUCAGGCCCUGGAAGAUCUAGAGACCUGUGGCCAGUCUGGCAUCCUGAGGGAACUGGAGGCCACCAUUAUGUCAGGCAGCAGUCUGAGUCUGAACCAUGACCCUGCUCCUCUGAGGAGCCACCUGGGUCGGCAGGCCAGCUUCCAGGAGCGCAGCGCAGCCCGGCCUCAGUACAACCAGUCCUCGCGCUCCAACACCCUGCCCAGUGACGGGGGACGCAAGGCCUUCGCCAUGAGGAAGAUGAAGCAGGAGAUGAAUGACGUCAUGUCGCCCACACCCGUGGAGCUGCACAAGGUGAGUCUGUCGAAGGAGUCGGACCUUGAAGACUUUGGCUUCAGUGUGUCAGAUGGCCUCCUGGAGAAAGGUGUCUAUGUCAACAACAUCCGCCCAGGUGGACCUGCAGAGGUCGGGGGGCUGAAGUCCUACGACCGGCUGCUACAGAUCAACCACGUGAGGACCAGAGACUUCGACUGCUGUCUGGUGGUCCCUCUGAUCGCAGAGUCAGGAAACAAACUGGACCUGGUGAUCAGCAGGAACCCUGCUUCCUCCAGAACCGGGUCCCAGUCAGAACUCAACCAGCUACCCGCCGAGGAGCCUGUUAUCAACUGGACCGAGCCGGGGGACAGCCUCUCUGGCCCUCCACCCAACCAGAACCACAAUUCCUUGUCCAGGAUGGCUGCUGGAAUCGGGGUGACUGGGAUCGGGGUGGCGCUGGCCGGGGCUGGGCUAGAUGAUAGAGACCCCACUAAGACCUUAUAGCAGACUAGAGGUCUGAAGGCCCAAGGCUCUCUCUUUCUGUCUAUCUAUCUGUCCCACUAAGACCUUAUAGCAGACUGGUGGUCUGAAGGCCCAAGGCUCUCUCUUUCUGUCUAUCUAUCUGUCCCACUAAGACCUUAUAGCAGACUGGUGGUCUGAAGGCCCAAGGCUCUCUCUUUCUGUCUAUCUAUCUGUCCCACUAAGACCUUAUAGCAGAGUGGUGG